AUGGGAAUGUGUGGAACGGUCAAGAUCGAGAAGAUCAAAAGUCUGUUGCAAGAUGCUGACCCUGACCGUGAGGCGUUGAAGCAGUUGGCAUUGAGUACCGGCGGUUUCGUCAGCGAUGCGUUUCGGCAGACGAUCUGGCCUUUGAUUCUGGACGCCGACGAGGAUGAGGAUUCGUCAGAACCGGAGUUAGACCCUCAAAUGAUCGAAGGUUGUGCCUCUAUUUCUGAAGAGACUGUCUCGCGUCAUCCGGAGUAUCACCAGGUGUUGGUCGACGUGAAUCGGACGCUGGCCAGGUUUCCGCCGAACAUCACCGACGACAAACGUCAUCAACUGCAAGACGAGCUGACGCCGUUGAUCGUUCGCAUCCUGGUGCGCAACCCGAACUUUCGUUACUACCAGGGCUUCCAUGACGUAUGUCUGACCGUACUGUUGGCGGUGGGUGAGAGGUGGGCGUUUCGUGUGUGCAGUCGACUGGCUACCACAUACUUCAGACCAUUCCUCGAAAAGCCGCUCGAUCAGUCGACGCGAGUACUCAACUACGUGUACUCUUUGAUAGCCGUGACCGAUCCUGAGUUGUACAGCUACCUGACCCAUGCCGAGGUCGGAACCAUGUUCGCCCUCAGUUGGCUUUUGACGUGGUUUUCGCACGUAAUCCGAGACUAUGACACGCUCGUACGACUGUUCGAUCUGUUCAUCGUCUGUCACCACCUGAUGCCUGUCUACCUCACCGCCUCCAUCGUACUCUAUCGCUUCGAUGAAAUAACUCGCAGUCACUGCGAUAUGGCCACCAUACAUUCCCUACUGUCGAAGCUACCCGUUGAUCUACCCUACGAAGCUUUGGUGCAGGAUGCCGUCAAUCUUUACGCACAGUAUCCACCGUCAACGUUAAAGACGAUCCGUGCCGACGAACAGGUGAAUGUUGCAAGGAAAGUCGUCACCCGAACGUGGCCCGUAGUUACCUGCUUUACCGUAGCCGUAUUCGCUUGGUACCUUUACAAGGUAUUCUCGUACGGCCAUGUACCUUAG